UUCCAUCCUAUAUUUGUCAGAAGAUAUUGUAACGACCAAUGUUAUUUAUAUCAAUAAGCUUAUAGAAAGACCAUGGUUUGACCAUGUUUCGAAAGAGCAAAUAUAUUCACAUCUAAUCUAAAUUCCAGUGGACUUCCUGCUUUGUUGUCGUCUACUUUCAUCCUCUGUGGAACCCCCAAUUUCAAAUCUAGCAGCUCGAAAUCGUUCACCGAGCCACCACAGCUCCGCCACAGAGAAUGCUCUCUUUUCAUCUCUUCUCUUCAGCUCCAUCUUUUCACAACACUUCUCUACAACGUACGGGCCUCCCGAAACCCAAUAGUCCUUCCUAUCUCCCAAUUCUCAAUCUCCAUUCAAUCCCCAAUUCCCCCAAAUUCGCACACACCCACUUCGCCAAUCGCUCUAUUCAAUCCGGAACCUAUAGUUUUCUAGCCUUUAAGCCUCCGAGCGAUGGAACCCACUUGAAGAGGGGUCGCUGCAGUGCUGUUAAUGACUCUGACGAAAAAACUAGGUCGGUUUUAGACACCGGCGGCGGUGGUGAUGGAGGUGGCGGUGGCGAUGGAAGUGAUGAUAAUGGGAAGGUGGAAAACCAAAAGGAUUCUUCUGGGUUUCUUCCUGAAUGGUUGAAUUUAACUUCGGAUGACGCUAAAACAGUCUUUGCAGCCAUAGCAAUAUCUCUUGCCUUCAGAACAUUUAUUGCAGAACCGAGGUACAUUCCCUCGCUAUCAAUGUACCCUACGUUUGAUGUUGGGGAUCGACUUGUAGCAGAGAAGGUCACAUACUAUUUUAGGAAGCCUUGCGCUAAUGAUAUAGUGAUAUUUAAAAGCCCACCAGUGCUUCAGGAGGUAGGAUAUACAGAUGAAGAUGUCUUCAUUAAAAGAGUUGUUGCUAAAGAAGGUGAUACUGUAGAGGUUCGGAAGGGAAAACUUAUCGUUAAUGGGGUUGAGAGAGACGAAAAAUUUAUCCUUGAACCACCAUCAUAUGAUAUGACUCCAGUUCAAGUGCCAGAAAACUCAGUCUUCGUGAUGGGUGAUAAUCGCAAUAACAGCUAUGAUUCUCAUGUUUGGGGUCCUCUUCCUGCCAAGAAUAUAAUAGGGAGAUCAUUAUUCCGCUAUUGGCCUCCUAACAGAAUCGGUGGAACAGUUUCUGACCCGAGCUGUGCUAUUGAUAAGGAAGAGAGCAUUCCUUCCACACCAGAAAUUUCCAGCCUACAGACCACAAAUUCUCAACCAUAACGGUUUGGGUCAUGUUCCUGUAAGUUCAGUUCGUCCCUCUGCAAAUGCCUUUAUGGUCACCAUUUGUUACCUUAUUAUUUGCAAGCUCUUUUUAUUUGUAGUUUGAGGAACUGGCCAUUUUGUGUAAGGCCCUAGAUAUUAUUGGUCUUGGUUUUUGCAAGUUACUAGUUGACUCAACACCAUCAAUUAUCUGUAAUUUGAACUUCAGUCCCGUCUCUCUUAUGCGUCAACCACAGUUGAAAGAUCUGAAGAUUCUGAACUAGUGACAUUGUCAUUCUUAGUGAAACCAAUUGAUCAAUAAGUUAUUUGAUGGUAUACAAAUAUGUUCUCUUGAAA